AUGCACCCGGGCCUGCGUCGGCUCCUCGGAGCACAGCCCGGAAGCCGGAGGGCUCUGGGUCUCUUUGCGAGGACCGAGUACCUGCUGUCGGUGGUGGCGGAGGAGCGGGACGCGCUGCUGCUCGGCCUGCGGUUCUCGUCCACCCAGCUGCACUUCCUGUUCCUGGGCGCGGACGCGGCGGGCGCCUGGCAGACCCGCGUGUCCUUCCGCAGCGCGGGCCUGGCCGACAGCCGCUGGCACACCCUGGUCCUGGCCGUGUCGCAGGGCUCCUUCUCCCUCACCACGGACUGCGGCCUCCCCGUGGACAUAAUGGCGGACGUGUCCUUCCCGGACACGCUCUCGGUGCGAGGAGCCCGGUUCUUCAUCGGCAGCAGGCGGAGAAGCAAAGGCUUGUUCACCGGCCUUGUGAGGCAGCUGGUUGUUCUGCCCGGCUCCGAUGCCACCCCCAGCCUGUGCCCCAGCAGGAACGCCCAUCUGGCUGAGCUGUCUAUCCCGCCAGCACUACAGGGGUUCCCAGGAAAGCCGGACGAUAACGAGGUGCUGAAAUAUCCCUAUGGUUAGUAGAAGCCAACCUGCGGGUGACGCUGGGCGCGCAGCCCCCGUGCUCGCAGGCCGAGGAGGCCCAGUUCUGGUUUGACGCCGUCCGGAGGGGGCUGUACCUGUGCACCAGCAGCCAGUGGG